GACGGCUCUUGCAACGGUUUGCAGCACUACGCAGCUCUCGGCCGGGACCUUAUUGGUGCCACCUCCGUCAAUCUGAUGCCUUGCAGUGUCCCCCAGGACGUCUACAGCGCGGUGGCCCAGCAGGUGGAGGAGUUUCGGAAGAAGGAUGCCGAGCACGGGGUGAGGAUCGCGCGGGUGCUGCAAGGCUUCAUCAGCCGCAAGGUGGUGAAGCAGACGGUGAUGACGGUGGUGUACGGUGUCACCCGCUAUGGCGGGCGCCUGCAGAUGGAGAAGCGUCUCAAGGAGAUCGACGACUUCCCUGAGGAAUACUUGUGGGAAGCCUCUCACUACCUGGUAAAGCAGGUGUUCAACGGCAUCAAGGAGAUGUUCUCAGCGACUCGAGAUAUCCAGAACUGGCUGACGGAGAGCGCCAAGCUCAUUGCCCAGUCGGGGCAGACGGUGGAGUGGGUCACGCCGCUGGGUCUCCCCAUUGUGCAGCCCUACUAUCGGUCCAGGCCCGUCGUGGUGAGUAUCUGGCGUCUGAACUGUGGCAUGCAGUACUUGAGCGUGAAGAGCUCCGUCAACAACCAGAAGCCGGACACAGUGAAGCAGAAGAACGCCUUCCCACCCAACUUCAUCCACUCCCUGGACUCCACGCACAUGAUGCUCACGGCUCUGCACUGCCUCAGGCAGGGUCUGACCUUCGUCUCGGUUCACGAUUGCUACUGGACUCACGCGCUCACCGUGGACGUCAUGAACCAGAUCUGUCGGCAGCAGUUCGUGGCUCUGCACAGCGAGAGGAUCCUGCAGGAUCUGUCCGAGUUCAUGCUGGAGAAGUACUGCAGCCCCGGCAAGGAGACAAGAGCCCUCUGGCAGAAGAAGCUGAUGGAGCAGCUGUCAGGUGUCCCCAAGACAG